GGCUCGGGCAGGGCUGGGGGCUGGGACGGAGGAAGUGAAGACCGCUGAAGUUGAAACAGGAACUGGGGCGCAGAGCGGCCCGACAGCCGUCGCCUGCAACAGGUGCCUGAGCAAAACGCAGCGAGUUUUCCGGCAGGAGCUGGUGAGCCUCUGAAGAUGUGGAAAGCAGUUGUGGGACACGACGUGUCCGUGAAGGUUGAGACUCAAGGAGACGACUGGGACACCGACCCUGAUUUCGUGAACGACAUCUCCGAGCAGGAGCAGCGCUGGGGAGCCAAAACCAUCGAGGGCUCCGGCCGCGCCGAGCACAUCGACAUCCAUCAGCUGAGGAACAAGGUGUCAGAGGAACAUGAGGUCAUCAAGAAGAAGGAGCUGGAGACUGGGCCCAAGGCGUCCUAUGGCUAUGGUGGCAAAUUUGGAACAGAGCGGGACCGAAUGGAUAAGUGUGCGGUGGGACACGAGUACGUUGCUGACGUUGGGAAGCACUCCUCGCAGACAGAUGCAGCCCAGGGUUUUGGGGGGAAGUACGGAGUCCAGCGGGACCGAGCUGACAAGUCGGCAAUGGGCUUUGAAUACAAGGGUGAGGUGGAGAAACACUCGUCCCAGAAAGAUUACUCCAAGGGCUUUGGUGGCCGUUACGGUGUGGAGAGGGACAAGGUGGACAAAGCGGCAGUGGGGUUUGACUACAAGAGCCAGGCGGAGAAGCACGACUCUCAGAAAGAUUAUUCUGUGGGCUUUGGUGGGAAGUUUGGGAUCCAGAGGGAUCGUCAGGACAAGAGUGCGCUUGGCUGGGACCAUCAGGAGGAAAUGCAACCCCACGAAUCCCAAACAGACUAUGCCAAGGGGUUUGGAGGCCGUUACGGUGUCCAGAAGGACAGAGUAGAUAAGAGUGCCGCUGGCUUCGGUGAGAUGGCAGCUCCCACCUCCUCGUAUGAGAAGACAAGGCCGGUGGAGGCAGAAGCUUCCAGCGGCACCAGCAGCCUGCGGUCGCGGUUUGAGAGCAUGGCCAGGUCGGCAGAGGAGGAGAGCAGGAGGCAGGCGGAGGAGCGGGCCCGGCGGCAGGCUCGGGAGCGCCAGGCGGCCCGGCGGAAGGAAAUCCCACAGAGGGGGAGGGACCACGCCGAGGCAGCCGCUGCCCCCGCGGCAGCCGGCGCGCCCGGGGCUGCCAGCCAGGCCGGGCCCCUGGCACACGGAGAGCAGCAGGAGGCAAUAAGGGAGGAUGAGGAAACAGCACCCACGUUGCCACCAAGGCCAGCCGAUCUGGACGAAGAGCUGUGCAAGGGCCCCAGCCAGAAUCAGCCUAUCUACAGUGAAAGUCUGGAUGUUGGAGACUAUGAGGAGCUGCCAGAGCCUUCUGACUACUGUGACAGUACCAGUGCGGGUGCUGACUAUGAGGAGCUGCCAGCCACCCGGGGGGAGCCGGAUGCCAUCUAUGACAAUGGAGGAGAUGGAGGUGACGACUAUGAGGAGAUCCUUCCUGGGGAGCCCAGCCAGAGCCAGCACCACCCGGGGGAAACGGACGAUGCUUAUGAGGGGGAGAGUGCUGGGGUCUGUGCGGUGGCUCUCUACGAUUACCAGGGAGAUGGAGAUGAUGAGAUUUCUUUCGAUCCUGACGACACGAUCACGCACAUCGAGAUGGUGGACGAAGGCUGGUGGCGGGGGCAGUGCCGGGGCAAAGUCGGCCUCUUCCCAGCGAAUUAUGUGAAGCUUCUUCAGUGAAACCAGGAUUGGCCAAGUGCUUCCUUCCCAGCUUUUGCCUCUCUCUGCUUUAGCUUUUUACUUGUUAUUAGCUUAAUUUGACUCAGCCUGGCAUGUCUGCAUGCGAGAAUUACCAGGGAGCAAACUGGCAGUGCCUGAGGGGCUGUUUAUCCUGUGUUCAAGAGGACUUUGGUUCCCAUCCACCUCCGGGUGGGAAAGGUGAGGUGGUUUAAGAGCAUGUGAGUGUGAUGUAAGACGUCUUUUCUACCUGGGCUGUCCCACCCAUCAACCAGCAAGCUUGCGUGUCCACUCCUGUGCCCAGCACGGCGGCUCACGGAGAAGAAACGCCAGCUCUAGUCCAGUCGAGGCAGGAGGGCCGUGAGCUGUGGGACGCUGUGGCCCUGGGUCUCAUCCUGCCCGGGGCGCAGGGAAAAGAGCAAGCUUGCCUCUGUUCCAGGAAGGGUUUCCAGUGGCAGGAUGGACCAUGUUUGCAGAACAGGGCAGAGAAACGUGAACCUGGUCUUUUGGGGCAGGUUUCAGGACCGGGGCCUGGGAACAUUUACCAUCCAGUGGACACAGACACAGGCUUGGCUGUGGUGAGCUGUUCGUUACACAGGAGAAGUGUGUGCUGGCUCCAUGAAAAUACAGGAUGAUCUUGCUGUGGUAGGAGAUCGCUUGUUUGGUUCUCUGUGUGCCAAGAACAACAUCAGGAGGUGCGUAACUUCUGGGUUAAGCCUUGGAAGUGUAAAAAUUAUCUUAUUUUCUGAGAAAAAUUAUUCUGGAAAAUCUGAUUUGGAGCAAGAGAAAAAUACUAAAAGGCUUCACUUAACAAAGCUCGUGUCAGUAACUGUGCUGGUCCUCAUGCGGGCCCGUCAGAGGGGUGUUCUGCUAGGGGAGGCCUUUCAGUCUCGCAAACCAGUCAGGGCGAGCACUGCUCCGUCAGGCGGCAGAGCCGCUCGGGAUCCCCUUCCCGUAACCGCUCAGACCGUGCAGGCACGCGUGAGGUGGGGGACACUCGAGUCUAUGAGGCCGUGACUCGCUAGUUAAGAACCAUUUGUGGGUAAUGGUCUCCAGUUUAGUUAAAGGUGUGAAUUAUUUGUUAAAGGCUGUGCUGGCUAGAGCCUAUACUGUCGUAUUUACAAUAUCCUGCUUAUCUGACACAGUUUGUGAAGAGUGAGUUGUAUAACCUACAGGUAAAUAAACUGUGUAAGUGCCCCAUUCGA